AUGGACUCGAUGCGGAACCUAUCGACAUCGUUGCCUGGCAGGCGGCGAGCAGAUGGCUCAGAACUCCUUACAGACUUCCGAGCUGCGGCUCUAUCCGUCACCAACCUGUACAAGUCAGCAGCUGCGGCACAGGCCAAGUCGAGAGCAGCAGGCUAUCAAGAUGCUUUGGAUGAUCUGUUAGUAUUCCUGGACAAGGAGAAUUUGGGUUUGAUGGAUGGAGAGGGAUGGAAGGUACGGCAGUGGGCGACGGAGCAUCUGGACAACGGGAUACAGAAGCAGGCUGGGAGCGAAGAUGACGAAGAUGUCAAGGAGAACGUUGGCCGGCCGGAAAGCAGAAGUUCGUCUCCAGAUAUGCAGAGGAAGACGGCAGUCCCCACUGCGUCUAGUGAUAUUGCGGAAGAGCCGACCGUACAUCAUCGGCCACGAGUAGCCACAGAGUCACCAGCACCACGACAAGCGCGAGCACAAACACCACAAAGGACGCAAAUCACCCACAUCCCACGAGAAGAAUUCACCUUCCGCUCAAAUCACGCAUACCCAUCCAACCACGAUAGAGAAGGAACUAUGGACCUAGACACCAACAGCACAGCCUCAACAGCGACGUCUACGCCUAGCACGACAGACACGGUGCGAAUAGUCUCACGAGCACGUAAUCGACACAAUCAUCACCACAGACAACGAGACAAUCGCACCGUAAAUCUUAACCUCUCCAGCGGAGCAGGGAACAAGCGUAAAAUACCUUAUCCCGAGUUCUUCGACAUUUCUGGUGUAAACUUCGAUGGCCACGAUCGGAAAGAGGGGCCAGGUGGUAGGGGGGGCAAGCGUGGGAGACAUGUUUGA